AUGCAGCGCGGUCCAUACUCCAACAUGGGCCCAGCUCAGUCGCCUCCCCUUCACCAUCCCGUACCUCAGCACGUCUCUACCGUCCCGCAGUUGCGCUCUCCUCCUCCGCCAAUGACACAACAACAGCAACAACAGCAGGCCCAGCAGCAGCAGUACGGCUAUGCCCCCAACAACUACGGCCAGCCUCCCUUUGGUGGCUUCAUCAACGACCCUACCGCUCAGAUGGGCUUUCAGAUGGGCAAGACUGCCGUAGCUGCUGGUCAGGAGUACAUGGAACAAAACUUCAAUCGCUAUGUCAAUGUCUCGGCCAUGAAGCACUACUUCAACGUUUCGAACAAAUACGUCGUCAACAAGCUCUUCAUAGUCCUCUUCCCCUGGCGCCAUCGUCCUUGGUCGCGUCAGCAGCAGCCCAUGGCCACCAGUGGACAGUCCGGUCCUAUGUUCCUGCCUCCUCGGGAAGACAUCAACAGCCCUGACAUGUACAUCCCCGUCAUGGCCUUUGUCACAUACAUUCUCCUGUCCACUCUCCUCGCUGGUCUGCAAGGUGCUUUCCGUCCAGAACUGCUCGGCCUUACUGCUACCAAUGCCUUUGCCGUUGUCAUCAUCGAGCUUCUCCUCCUCAAACUCGGCACCUAUCUCUUGAACAUCUCUAACGAGUCGCAAUGGCUGGAUCUUGUUGCUUACUCUGGCUACAAGUUUGUCGGCAUCAUCGUUACCAUUGCCCUAGCCGCCCUUACUACUGGCGGUAAGGGUACCGGUGGUUAUAUUGGCUGGUCUGUCUUUGCCUACACUUACAUGGCCAACGCCUUCUUUUUGGUAAGUAGUCAACACUCCAUUGUGCCAAAUCAAGAUCGCCAACAGAAGCAGCUCCGUUCCCUCAAGUAUGUGAUCCUCCCGGAUACUGCUUCAGGCGCUCACAACCCUAUCGCCCGCUCACACAAGAGCAGGAGGACGCAGUUCCUCUUCAUCUACUCGUACAUCAUCCAGCUGGCCUUCAUGUGGUGGCUCAGUAGCUUGUAA